UCUUGUAUUAGAACUCUGCCAACAGAGGCAUCAUGAAAAUGGGAUCAUUUUCACCUGCCUCUCUCUGCAACAGCAUCUCUCAUCUGGCUGCUAAGUAUCAAAGAAGCUUCCAGCACUACGCUCAACCCUUGGUACUCCUCUUCCUCUUGGACAGCAUCUUUGGAAGGUACUCCCAUGACCCUCUAUUACUGUUGCCUUAGUGAUCUUCCCAACUAUUUAAAAGAAGAUAAUAAUGCCUGUCUUGCAAGAAAUUUAGGCUGAUUACUUCACUGGGUGUUAUGCAAGAUGGAUUCUGCAUUUUGUGUCAUGCAGCUUCACUCCUGAUAUUUAAGAUCAGCGAGAAACUCCAAUGGUGGAUAUAAGUGCAAAGUGGUGAUUAAGAGAAGUCUUCAGUGGCUUCUGGACACGGCUCUGAUUUUUGAACCUUUAGGAAAUGCAUUUGCCACGGAGAAGGCGGCUACAACAGAACCGAAUCUUUUUCUUGCUUGCCAUAGUGUUGGUCCUCUCUCUCUAUCAGCUCCAGUUCAGCCCCUCUACCCUUGCAGCAUCACACACAGCACCCCGGCCCGUGGACCCUGUCAAAGUGACCUCCAGGGACCUCUCCAGCAACAAGACUGCCAUAAAAGGCAAUAUCACAGCAGCACCCAAAAUAUGUGUGUAUGUGGAUCCUGAGCCAACUGUGCCCAUCACUACAUCAGUGGAUAAAACACCACAGCGUGAAAAUGUCAGUGAAAGCUACCCAGAUGAGAAGCCACCAUACGAGUCCAAGGGAGAAUAUCCCCAGGACCUAUUCAGUGUGGAAGAACGCAGGCAAGGGUGGGUUGUACUUCACAUCUUUGGCAUGAUGUAUGUAUUUGUGGCCUUGGCCAUAGUGUGUGAUGAGUAUUUUGUCCCUGCUUUGGGAGCGAUCACAGAGAAGCUGCAGAUCUCUGAAGAUGUGGCUGGAGCCACCUUCAUGGCAGCAGGUGGAUCGGCACCAGAACUCUUCACCUCCCUCAUAGGUGUCUUCAUCUCACACAGCAAUGUCGGCAUCGGUACCAUUGUGGGCUCAGCAGUGUUUAAUAUCCUCUUUGUCAUUGGCACCUGUGCCCUCUUCUCAAGGGAGAUACUCUACCUGACAUGGUGGCCCUUGUUUAGAGACAUCUCAUUCUACUGUGUAGACUUACUGAUGCUCAUCCUGUUUUUCCUAGACAGUGUCAUUGAUUGGUGGGAAAGCCUUCUUUUACUGACUGCCUACGCCGCAUACGUAUUCACUAUGAAACAGAACGUGUACCUAGAGCAAUGGGUGAAGCAGGAGCUGAACAAGAAGCUAAAUGCUGUGCAGGCAGCAUCAGCAGAGCAUAUACGGAAGAAAAGCACUGGGGCAGUUGCAGAUGAUGGAACAAAGCCAGCAGAUGGGAGGAAGCUGCAUCCUGCAACAGCCUUACAGCGAGGCAGCAGCUCAGCCUCCCUUCACAACUCUCAAAUGCGCAGCACCAUCUUCCAGCUCAUGAUCCACACCCUGGACCCCCUGGCAGAAGCAAAAUUUAAAGACAGGGUUGACAUCCUGAGCCACAUAGCCAAGGCCAAAGUAGAGACUCUGGCUGGACAAGGAUCAAAACCAGAAGCAGAAAAGGCAGCACCAAACACCAUUCAAGUAACUCCUGCCAGUGACUCUGAACCCAGAAAAGACAAACAGAAGGCAGAUGCACCGCAAGAUGGACAGUCCUCAUCAGACAGUGACACCUCAGAAGACAGCAGCUCUGGGAGUGAGGAAGACAGUGAUGAUGACAGCACAGAUGAUGAUGAAAACGACGAGCCAUUAUCUCUUGAAUGGCCAGAAACUAGGAAAAAACAAGCCAUUUACCUUUUCCUCUUUCCCAUUGUCUUUCCUCUCUGGAGCACCCUGCCCGACGUUAGAAACCCAGACUCCAAAAAAUUCUUUGUCAUCACAUUUUUUGGAUCCAUCAUCUGGAUUGCUGUAUUCUCUUACCUCAUGGUGUGGUGGGCUCACCAGGUUGGUGAAACAAUUGGGAUAUCAGAGGAAAUUAUGGGGUUAACUAUACUGGCAGCAGGAACAUCAAUCCCUGACCUUAUCACCAGUGUCAUCGUUGCACGCAAAGGCUUAGGUGACAUGGCUGUCUCCAGCUCCGUAGGCAGCAAUAUCUUCGACAUCACUGUUGGUUUGCCAGUUCCUUGGUUCCUUUAUUCUGUCUUCAAUGGGCUCAGUCCAGUUGCAGUCAGUAGCAAUGGUUUGUUUUGUGCAAUUGUUCUCCUUUUUCUCAUGCUCCUAUUUGUGAUUAUCUCAAUUGCUUCAUGUAAAUGGAAAAUGAACAAACUACUGGGUUUCACUAUGUUUGCGCUUUACUUUGUGUUCUUGGUCAUCAGUGUGAUGUUAGAAGACAAGAUAAUAUCCUGCCCAGUAUCUGUAUGACAUUUGGAUGCUCCAGGCUGUAUGUAAGCAGACAUCAGAAUCAAAAGGGAUUUAAGGUAGCAAUUGUUCUACUGAAAAAAAGCAACCAGAAUUAUAACAAACUUACUGAGAAUAAAGUAUCUUUAACAUACUAAUAAAAAAAAAAAUUCAAGUGGUAUGUCAGCCUCUACUAUUUUUCUUCAGGAUCAGGAAAGAUCAGAUAAUGAAGUGGCCGGUAUCAAACAACAUACAUGUUUAGGCAUUCACGGAAAGGCUGACAGGAUAUAGAUGCAUGAAGUUUUCACGCAUGGUUGAUUCCCUCAAGUUAAUGGACCUGAUUUUCAGCACACAAUAUUUACUCACUCUAGAAAUAUUUUCAGGAACACAGUCUAAACUACUUAAACUGCCCAAACUCGCCGAAAUCAAUGAAUGGUACUUCAGGCGGAAUGGAAUAAGGCACACCGUAGAGGUCUUUAGACAACUACUCUGCUUAAAAUCACUGGGUAGGCACGCAUUCUGCAUCUCCGAAGUGAACUCCCUCAAACUGCAUAUAAGCAGAGAGCACAGCAGUUCCCACCGUUUGUGCUACAGCUUGUUUGCCAUGACUCCCCUGUGCAGAGGUAGUUUUCAUCCUUUCCGUGAAUGCCACUAUAAAGCACACGCAGCUGGUGCUCCAGGAAAGCGUACACAGAACAACGUGAUGCGCUUCAGGGGAAAUGCUUUUUGCUGGCCCUCUUAAGACCAUGGGAAAUGGAAUUCUACGGUUUUCAAGGGAAAAGCAAAGCAGUAAGAGUUAUUUCUGCAUGCAGAAGAACACAGGAUUUGAGAGCUGCGGAGCAAUCCUGAAAGCUACCCGUACGGCCCCUUUUAAAUCUGUACCUGAUCUUGCAAUACAAUCCCUACAAUUUACACCAAGUGCCACCAGUACAAGUGUGAUGUCACACGGAUUUACAUCUUACUGUAAUGAGGCUAAACAUAUCUGGGGUUAGAAUAUCACAUUGCCACCAAUAAAAACCAGAAAUCAGAAACAAAUAAAAACCAGGAAUCAGAAAUACUGCAAGAAGUUGAACUCCUUGAGUCUUGUUUUCAUCCCGACACUAAUCUCUGAAAUUUACAGAUUAUUAUAUCCAGCACUAACUCAUGUAGUUAGCCCUGUCUUCUACAUAACCACUAUGAAAAAAUGCCACUGACAUCAACUAUCAACAAACCUGAAAGGUUUAUUGUUAACAAUGCCUCAUGUGAGCAAACAACCUAGUUCAGAGUUGCAGACAUUUGUCAUUCUCAGCCAUCUAAUAAAACGUUAAUGAAAAUAACAGGAUAGGUUUUAAGCUUUUUAUUGACUCACUGUAAAACUUCUUUUUUCGGAUGAGACAGAAAAAAACCUUAACAUUGUGAACACUGACUUUGCAUAUUUUGAAGGAACUACAAACCAAAGCAAACAUCCAACAUACUGGUUUUUGGUAAAUAAAAUUUAAACAUUACAUAUUUACAAAUCUACAACCAUUCAUUUAAAAAGUGCUGCUUGCAGACUAACGAAGUACCAUUUUUAAAUCCCAGUGAGAUAAUAUCCAGAAAUACCCCUCUCUAUUACUAUUUGCAUCUCCCGUUUGUUAUACAAAGAUUUUACAUGCAGGAAUUUUCUCUUUCUCGGGUUACAAAUCAUUUAAUUUGCCAGUGGAGGUCUAAUUCAUCAGGCUGUAACUGUACCAACAGCAAACCUUCUCAAAAUGGGAAACAGUUAGCAGUGUCAGAGAAACAGCACAAUUUCUAUUCACAUUUAAGUAUUUCAUCUCCAAUAAUUAUUCCAGUGGAACCAUACAUAAAGCAAAAUAUAUAUUGCACUGCAAAUGUAAAACCUUUGUUUAAGGUUUUUGACGUAAGCAUUAUUUAGUACACAAAAGGAGAAAAUUCAGUUCAUACAAAAUUUUAAAUUGAAAAUACGUCUCAAAUAUUUCAUUUAUCCAUCUUUGUGGUACUGGAAAAUAUAGUCAAAUUGCUUUUCUAAUAAAGGACAGUGAGAUUUGAAAACUGUUUCAACACUGAAUUGUAUGACGCUUAAAAAUUAUCCACCUCAGGACCUACGUUUUGAACAUUAUGACUUGAAUGAGGAAAAAUUUCCCACUUGAAGUAUAUCACUAUUCCAACUAUAUUUUAUUAUAGUACUUCUACAGUGGACUGACUUGCAACAGACUUUAUGAAACAAUUCAUUAGGUAUAAUGAUUUCACUUGAUGAACUACUACA